AGGAGACACAUGGCAGCAUAUUUCUAGAACAGGAAAGGACAACCCUCCCCUGCAGAGAUACUGGCUGUGCAGGCUUUACUUCCAGCCCUACUCUUACACAUCUGAUUCAGCCAAUCAAAGUCUGGAUUAUUUGACAGACACACCCCUUGAACCAAUCGCCUGUCUUUUUUUUCCCCCUUUAGGCCCGCCCCCUACCACUAUACGGGUCAAUGAGAGGGCGGUACGCAUCACCCCCUCCACCAUUUUGUUCAAGUUCAACUGCAGCUGGUUCAGUGACGUGAACGGAGCCGUCCGGUUCUUCACUGUCAUUGUAACUGAGUCCAACGACAAUGAAGUCCUGCAGACAGAGCAGCUCCAUCCUCUACCUUCCUUCCAGGACUACAGAACCAACAGCUCCGUGCGGGCCUACCAGACAGGCUACUUUCCCAGUGGCUGUGCCCAGGAACAGGGAAUGGGAGCUGGGCAGGUGUUUGAGGUCAACCUGGGGGCGGGGCUGGAUCGCCUGGGAGGGCCUUGUGAUUCAGAGGAGGAUCAUGAUAACGAUCACAACAGGGAUCUCUACCCCUUCUGUGAUGGGCCUCUCAAGCCUAAGACUGCCUACAGAAUCAGUGUCCGUGCCUUCACUCAGCUGUUUGAUGAAGACCACAGAGAGUUCCCCCAACCUCUCUACAGGGACACCUUCCUGUCUCCACCCAUCAGGACACAAGCAGGUGAGCUUUACCUCUGAUCCUGGCCCUCUCAU